ACGGACAGAAGGUUAGUUUGUCUAGAACCAGCAGCUAAGAUGAAUGUCGAGCUAAAACUUAGGAAAGACUUGAUGGAUUUCAUCUGUUCCCAUAGUGUAAUAGAAGAGAUAAAACCUUCCUCGACUACAUCGAAACGGCGAAUUGGAUCUAAAAGUAGUGACCGUAAAUCAUCGAAAUCCAAAUCCAAAUCGACAAAGACAGUUGAUGUUAAACCUGUAAAAAGUAGUGAACGGAAACCGGGAACCCCAAAACCACCUUUGGAGAAAGUGAUAGAUUUCAACAAUCCUGAUAAUGUGGCGAUCACUAUUUCACCGAAGAAACCGCCCAGACCAGGAUCACAAACGUCAACCGCGAGCAAAGAGCGAACCAGCAUUAUUGCCCUGAUGCCAAAUAUCAAGUGGAACUUCCAAAAAGGUGAACCCGAAUCGGAAAUCGAACACCCAAAGUGGUUAGAACCAUUCAGCUGUAACGGUCGGUUCGAAGCCCGCUAUGACAUACUGCCGAUGGAAUUGAUAAUCAAAAUAUUCAAACAAAUCACUCCAAGUGAUCGUUUGGCAGCGGGAUCCACCUGUAGACGCUGGAUGGAAGCAUCACAUUAUUACGAACCAUUUCUGGAUAAAACCUACUAUCACUUCAACCAGGUAGAAUUCGGUGAUCAGGUGGGCCCGUUCAAGUACUUCAGCAAGGGCUUCCGAUACUACCCUAGACUGACGUUCACGCAGGUUGAUUUCAACAAACACAGCGACUUCUGGGCGAUUCACGGAUUGUGGAUAACGGAACUGACGCUCCGCUCGUGCAAGAUCAGAAAGAAGAAGUUCAUAUCCGUAAUGAAGAAUCUGCUGAACCUGAGACGAUUAGAGCUGAUGCAAUGCGAUGAAUUGUUCAAAACGUGGCCGCUGGAACACAACUUACAGGAACCAAUGUUCCCUUUCUUCUUAUUCUGUUUAAGGCAUCUUUCGCUGUCCGGUUGCGACUACUUCAACGAGUACCAUUUCGAGCGUUUUAUCACCAUGGCACCCAACCUUCGAUCGGUAGACGUAUCGAACUGUUUCAUCAACCUGUACCUCUCCAAACGCAUCACAAUGCUCGAUCGAGUAAUGAAACUGAUCAAUAAAAAUCGAUACCUGAUGAGCGCGUUGAAUAUCGCUGAUACUCCCUGUGUAGACGACUUCACGUGGCACUGUUUGUGCGAAAUCGAAGAUCUCCGAUUAUCACAUUUAACAGUAGCGUACUGCGAUCGUGUUCCACUGAAAGAACCCGGAAUAAUUCGCUUCCUAGGUCUGCAAACGGAACUCACCUAUCUAGACCUAACAUCCUCGACCGGCAUCAACGAUGAGUGUCUCCAGAUCAUCAUCACGAGCUGUCCACUACUGCACACCCUCAAGCUUCGACGGUGUUGGUUGAUUAGCGAUGAGGGUGUUCUGGAUAUGCACACUCUGCAGCAUCUUCGUGUACUCGACAUUUCCAAUUGUGAACGCAUUAGUGACUACGGCAUCAUGACCGGAAUCGUCGGUAAACGGCCGCGGGAACUGCACGAGCUAUACUUAAGCAUAUUGAACCAUCUGACUGAUUCAACCUUGUAUUACAUGAUGGUUACCUUCAAAAACAUUCAAAUACUGGACCUGGAUAGUACGACGAACUGCGUUACCGAUGCAUCCAUCCAGUACAUCGCCUGCUAUCUGCAGAAUCUAAAGCAGCUCAAUGUUGUAGCUUGUACCAAGAUCACAGAUGCCGGAUUCACUGGGAUUGAUCUUCCGCAGAAAACAUUCGCGAUUUGGGAUAUCGAGGAAACAUUCUCGAUCGAUCGGUUGAAGAAACUUCGCAUACUCAAAGUGUCCGGAUGCUACAAAAUCACGGACUUUUCAUUGCGAUAUGCAUUUCGAUUUAUGGAGCUGAAGGAACUGAGCAUUUCCCGAUGCCCUCAGAUCUCGAAACCAGGCAUUGAAAAACUAGUGACUAGCUGUCCGGCACUGGAAUUCUUGGAUCUAAGCGAGUGCCCAAACAUCAACGAUUACUGUGUGGAGCUAAUCGCAAUGCACCUCAAACGGCUGAGCACACUGAAGCUAACGAACUGUGUGUUGGUCACUGAGGUUGGACUGGGAUUCUUAUCGCAGCAUUGCCAAAAUUUGAAGUAUUUAUACGUAAGAGGAUGCUUCAAGCUGCCCUCAGACAUAAUGGAACGUUUGUCAAACAUUACCACGCUGCGGCAGGUGUACAAGUCCUAGAAUCGUAAAUGUUGUUUUUGUAAUUUUUGUAAAUGUUACAUGUUUAUAAAUAGAAGAAGCAACUUUAUAAGCUAAACGAAUAA